GACAUGACUGCCGCAGCCGAUAUGGCCAAGCGGCCCGCGGCUGCAGCAUCCGGUGCCCGCGCCAGCCCCAGCCACAAGAGGCUCAUCGCGCUGGCCGCGGAGACGCUCGACGGCUGGAGCUUGGGUUACCAGCAGGAGCUGCAGUCAGCGUGGCGCGUCAAGACAGACGACGCGGGCGCCUUGCCGCAGUGCGCCAGAGUCGCUCGGGUCGAGGGCGAGGAGACCCUCGUCGCGAAGUGGGCCGACGACGACUUCGAGUGGAAGAUCCCAGGCGCGACGGCAGGCGCGGCGCCGCAGGACAAGGGCACGCAGACGCUGUGGUCUGGGCGCGACAUGGACGGGGGCAAGGUCACGGUGAUCGUCGUCAACCACAAGACCAGAGGCGCGUGGCUUGCGAUCAGGAAGGGGUCGAGGACGCAGGUGGUGCAGAUGCAGGGGUUCAACCCGAACAGCAUGAGCGACGCCAAGAAGAAGAUGAUGGAGUGGGCCCAGUCGUUCUGCUCUGCCAAGAUGGACAAGCCAGCGAUUGAGGCCGCGAAGGCGGAGUGGCUCAAG